AUGUCUCCCCUGCUCCUUCUCGGGGCACUUCUGGCGCUUCCCGAGGGGGUCCCGGGGAUUUUUGGGGAGGUUUUGUUUUUUGGAGGGCUCCCGUUGAUUUUUGGGGGACUGCCGGGGGUUUUUGGGGGGCUCCCGGGGGUUUUUGUGGGUCUCCCGUUAUUUUUUGGGGGGGUUUCGUUUUUUGGGGGGCUGCCGGGGGUUUUUGGGGGGGUCCCGGUUUUUGGGGGGGUCCCCAAAGGGGGCGUGGCCUGUCCCGGGGGCUGCGUCUGCGACCGAACCACCGCCCGCUGCCGGGGGGGGGCCGGGGGCGUCCCCCGGGGGCUCCCCCCGGGCCUGGCCACCUCACUGCUCCGCUGGGACAUCGAGGAGCUGCCCCAGGGAAGCUUCCGGCACCUCCCGGCGCUGACGCUGCUCCUGGUGGCCUCGGGACGCCUGGGGAGCGUCGGGGAUGGAGCCUUCGAGGGGCUAGGGGUGCUCGAGUACCUGUUCCUGGAGGACUCCCAGCUCCGCUCCCUCCCCCCCGCGGCUCUCAGGGGGCUCCGGGGGCUCCUGUUCCUGUGAGUGUCCCCAAGUGUCCCCAAUGUCCCCAAUGUACCCAAUGUCCCAAAUGUCCCCAAUGUCCCCAGUGUCCCCAUGUCCCAAAUGUCCCCAAUGUCCCAAAUGGACCUGCGCGGGAACCCGCUGCGCUGUGACUGCGCGCUGCGCUGGCUGCUGCGCUGGCUGCGCUCCCGGCCCGGCCCUGAGGGCGGCGCUCGCUGCCACGGCCCCGCCGGCACCGCGGGCACCGCCCUGGCCCUGCUCGGGCCCCGGCAGCUCCAGUGCCUGCGCCACGAGCUGCGGCCGUUCCAGGCGCUGCCGUUCUCCUCGCUCGGGGCCGAGCCCUUCAUGCUCGGGGGGCACCCGGGGGUGGCGCUGGCACAGCCGGCGGCUGGAGCCUGCGCCCUGCUGGAGUGGGACCAGCUGGGGGGGAGCUUCCGCGCCCAGCGCGUCGUCAACAGCUCCUCGCCGGUGGCCUGCCACCCGGUCCCUCUGGGGGACACGCUGCUGCUGGUGGUGGCCCAGCUGCGCGGCGGCUCCUGGGUGUGGCGGCGCUCGGGCGGCCCCGGCUCAGCCUUCGUGCGCCACCAGGCCCUGGGCGCUGGCCGCCUGCGCCGGCCCCACGCCGUGGCCGCCGCACGCCUGGCCGGGCACCUCUACCUGGGGGUGGCCGACAGCUCCAAGGGUGGCGCCAGCACCGUGUUCCGCUGGGCCGCCGGCGGCUUCUACCCGCACCAGGCACUGCGGCCGUGGCAGCGCGACACCCACCUGGAGUUCCUGGAGCUGGGCGGGCGGCCGGCGCUGGUGCUCUGCGGCGCCGCGCGCCGCCCGCUCGUCUACCGCUGGAGCGGCGAGGCCUUCGCGCCGCUCACCGACAUCCCCCACAUGCCCGACGCCUACGCCGCCAAGCACUUCCGCCUACGCGGAAGCGUCUUCCUGUGCCUCACCAGGUUCCUGGGAGACGCCAAGGUGCUGCGCUGGGAGGGCUCCAUGUUCCGUGAGGUGCAGCAGGUGCCAGCACGCGGCUCGCUGGUCUUCCAGCCGCUGCUGCUGGCCGGCCAGCGCUACGUCCUGCUGGGCAAUGACUUCGCCCCGAGCCGUGUCUUCCGCCUGGGCGCCGGCGGCCGCCUGGAGCCCGCCCAGGACCUGCCUGCACCCACCCCCCGUGCCUUCGUCCCCGUCGUCGUUGGCCACCGCCACUUCCUGGUGGCCUCCAGCUUCAAGGGGGCCACCCAGAUCUACACCCACGUCACCGAGGACGUUGGCACCUGAGGGCAUGGCCAGGGCCACCGCCAUGUCCCUGAAGGCACAGGGACAUCGGGGAACAUCAAGGGACAUGUGGUAGCUGUUGGUACAUGGGCACGAUGGCCACCAUGCCACCAUAGAGAUGGGGACAUUGGGGGACAUCAUGGGGACAUGUGGUGGCACCUGGAGGAAUGUGGUGAUGAUGGCCACCACAUCACCAUAGAGAUGGUGACAUCAGGGGACAUCAGGGGUCGCGUGGUGGCAGCUGGGGAUGGUGGCCACCUGGAGGGAUGUGUGGUGGCAUCUGGUGGAAUGUGGGCAUGGUGGCCAACCCAAUGUGGAGAUGGGACGUUAAGGGACGCUGUGGGGACACUGGCAGGGACCUGGGGCCACCCUCGCGCGAUAUCCCCAAGGCCACCGGCGACCCGGAAUCCCCAACAGCUUGUGCCACCUCCUGGUGUCACCGUAGUCCCAAUGUCCCCAAGGCCACUACUGACACAACAUCCCCAAAGCCACUGUCACCCCGAUGUCCCCUCCUGGUGCCACUGUGGCCCCAAUGUCCCCAAGGCCACCAUGGCCUUUAUGUCCCGAGUCACUGCCACCACAAUGUCACCCUUGGCCUUGUGUCACUUUCUGGUGCCACCAUCACCACGAUGUCCCCUCAUGGUCCCACCAUCGCUCUGAUGUCCCCAAGGCCACCAUGGACCGGAUGUCCCCUCCUGGUGCCACCAUCACCCAAUGUCCCCAAGGCCACCAUGGCCCUAAUGUCCCCUCCUGGUGCAACCAUCACCCGAUGUCCCCAAGGCCACCAUGGCCCUGAUGUCCCCAAGGCCGCCAUCGCCACGAUGUCCCCUCAUGGUCCCACCAUCGCUCUGAUGUCCCCAAGGCCACCAUGGCCCUGAUGUCCCCUCCUGGUGCCACCAUCACCCAAUGUCCCCAAGGCCACCAUGGCCCCGAUGUCUCCAAGGCCACCAUGGCCCCGAUGUCCCCAAGGCCUUGUGUCCCCUCCCGGUGCCACCGCUGUCCCGCCGUCGCCAUGUCCCCUCCCCCGCUGACCAAAAUCCGUUUUUUUCACCCA